CCGUACUCCUCCGGAACGUAUAAAAAGCCGCGUCUAGAAGCCGCGGCACUUCAGUCUUUUCAAAAAUAUCAGGAUGGCUCUAGAACGUCAAGUGCGCGCUAAGCUUGCGUCGAAACGCAGCCCCGAGCAAGAGAAGGAGGCGCAGGAAUGGAUCGAAUCGAUCCUUGGCAAGAAGUUUCCUCCUGGCGAAACCUUCGAAGAUGUGCUGAAGGACGGCCAGGUCCUGUGCCACGUGAUGAACAAACUCUCUCCUGGAUGCAUACAAAAGAUCAACACUUCUGGCGGCCAGUUCAAGAUGAUGGAGAACAUCAACGUGUUCCAAAAGGCGCUAAAGGACUACGGGGUGGACGACGUCGACGUCUUCCAGACCGUAGACUUGUGGGAGAAGAAAGAUAUAGCCCAAGUAGUAACGACAUUGUUCGCACUCGGCCGAACGACAUACAAGCACCCUGAGUGGAAAGGACCUUAUCUAGGCCCUAAGCCGUCAGACGAGUGCAAGCGCGACUUUACGGAGGAACAAUUGAAAGCUGGCCAGACGAUGAUCGGUCUCCAGGCAGGCUCCAACAAGGGUGCGACCCAGGCGGGCCAAAACAUGGGCGCCGGCCGCAAAAUUCUCCUUGGAAAGUAAACGAAAAUUUCUCGGCACAGCUGCUUGCAAAUCUCCUCUCUUCCAGUCAUUAGAACUAAAGCAUCUCGUACUCUUUUGUAUGUAUACACAAUUACGUAUAUAUAUAUUUUUUUAAUUUUACUUUUGUAAUUAAACGAUAAACGGCUGCUAUUUAUUUUACUCGUUACCGAUAGCCAAUGUAUCGUAGUGGGCUCUAAUCUUUUUAUAUAGCUAAUCGGAAGAUACAUCUCUGUCAAUUGCGCCAAUGAGCGUACUUGAUAAAUUUAAUUUUUAUGUUUAAGAGCGAUACUGUCGUUAUUUAAUCAACUUUCUUAUCUUCCCGCGCUUCGAGAUUCCAGUCUCGAAAAAUGUCAAGUGUCAAUGACAGGCGUUUCAAAGCAAUAAAGGUGUUAUUUAAGUAGUCGGUUGCGCGCUUCAGAACAACAAAGUAAUCGCUAUAUCUAAAUAAUUCCAAAUAAAGUUAGUUCUAUCCAUCCGAAA